UUUCAGUUUGCGGAAGCAGCGGGUGCUGAUUGGAUAAGGGCCUGGCCUGUGGGCCGAGGGGAGCAGCAGCUCGGCCAGCAGCAGGCUGCCGGGACGGACAGGCGUCUGAGUGCCAGGAGGGUCAGACAUGAAUUCCCUGGAACAAGCCGAAGACCUGAAGGCCUUUGAGAGAAGAUUGACAGAGUAUGUCUCCUGCUUGCAACCUGCAACAGGCCGGUGGCGAAUGAUUUUGAUCGUGGUGUCUGUCUGUACGGCCACUGGGGCCUGGAACUGGUUGAUAGACCCCGAUACACAGAAGGUGUCAUUCUUUUCAUCACUGUGGAACCAUCCGUUCUUCACUAUCAGCUGUAUCACUCUAAUAGCUCUGUUCUUCGCUGGAAUACACAAACGAGUUGUGGCACCAUCAAUUAUCGCUGCUCGCUGUCGGACAGUUUUAGCAGAAUACAACAUGUCCUGUGAUGACACGGGGAAGCUUAUUCUCAAACCACGGCCAAACAUCCAAUAACCACAGUGUCGUUCUUCAAACUAGCACUGCAAUUGCAAUCGAUCACCCGAUGUCCUUAGUCCUGCGGGGUGAUCCAAAACAAUGAGAUGAAACAGAGAGGGGUAGCAGCACCGAGGCAGACUGUCAUCAUGACUGAAAUGCAUUUCUAAGAAUGAACAAAUGACGAGAUAAGGCCUUUUUAACAGUGUCACCGUGUCACUAAUGUCACCAAUGAAGCUGCUUCUCUGCUCACGGGCCCUGUGUUAUAUUUUACUCAUUCAUUGUGAGUUCAGAUGUGUUUAUUUCUGAUGAUGUGCAUGUGUUUUAGAUAAAUGUUUCUAUUUUUAAACAGUUAUUUACCAAAUAAAUAUCUAAUGUGUGAAAACA